AUGCAAAUUAUUAUUAUUGCUGAUGUUUACAAUAAUCGACUCUUUUGCUAUUUUCACUCUUGUCAGGGUGUGAUGGUGGACAUGAGGCAGAAGGACAACUACGUGGGUGAUGAAGCGCAGUCGAAACGCGGCAUCCUGACGCUGAAGUACCCCAUCGAGCAUGGCAUCGUGACGAACUGGGACGACAUGUAG